CAGUCUCUCUCUCUCUCUCACUUUCGUUUUCUGUCUUUAGAUUUAAAAGAGGUGGCACUUUCGUACAAGCCACGGUCACCCACACAUCGCAUUAUCUGGUACUUUGUGCUCUUUCCUAGCCUCAUACUUGAUGUAAAUGCAGCUGCGUUUAUAGUUUUUACUGUAUUAUUUGAUGGGGAAGAAGGGAGGCACUUCGUCUUGGUUGACUGCUGUCAAAAGGGCUUUCAGAUCUCCCACUAAAGACGAUGAAGAUCAAAAGAAAAGAGAGAAGCGAAGGUGGUUCAGGAAACCCACAAAUUUAAAUCAACAAGAAACAGCUACACAACAAGGUCAAGCGCCAAAGGCCACAGACCAUGUAUCAGCAGCCAACAGUUCUGCAGCUGCAGAGCAAAAGCAUGUGCUGGCUGUGGCUGUGGCCACAGCUGAGGCUGCAAUGGCAACUGCCCAAGCAGCAGCCGAAGUGGCUCGGCUAACUAGGCCUUCUAAUCAUGCUAGAGAGCACUAUUAUGCCAUUGUUAUCCAGACUGCCUUUAGAGGAUACUUGGCAAGGAGGGCACUUCGUGCGCUUAAAGGACUUGUAAAGUUGCAAGCUUUGGUGAGAGGUCACAAUGUGAGAAAGCAAGCAAAGAUGACUCUCAAGUGCAUGCAAGCUCUGGUUCGUGUGCAGGCUCGGGUGCUUGAUCAGCGCACCAGGCUCUCUCAUGAAGGCAGCAGAAAGUCUGCAUUUAGUGACACCAAUAGCGUUUGGGAAUCAAGGUAUCUUCAGGACAUUUCAGACAGAAAGUCCAUGCAGUCUAGAGAGGGAAGUAGCAUAGCAGAUGAUUGGGAUGAACGCCCCCACACAAUUGAGGAGGUAAAAGCUAUGUUGCAACACAGAAAAGAUGCUGCAAUGAAGCGUGAGAAAGCCUUGUCCCACGCCUUCUCUCAACAGAUAUGGAGGAAUGGUAGGAGCCCAUCAAUCGGAAAUGAGGAUGAGCUUGAAGAGAGACCCAAAUGGUUAGAUAGAUGGAUGGCCCCAAAGCCAUGGGACAGCAGAGGAAGAGCCUCAACUGACCAUAGAGACCCCAUCAAGACAGUUGAAAUCGACACCUCUCAGCCUUAUUCAAGUUUAGCACCUAACUUCCGAAGAUCAAGUUCAAGCCAAUACCACCAACAACAAAGACCCAGUUCACCAAAACAAAGACCUAGUUCACCACUCCAUAGAGAUAGAGCCCACCAAAGCCAACCCUUUCAUCACCAGUCCCCUGUCACACCCUCCCCAUCAAAAACCCGGCCUAUCCAAGUCCGGUCUGCCAGCCCUCAUUGUGUUAGAGAAGAUAGAAGCUCUAAUGCAUCUCAAACUCCAAGCCUUAGGUCAAACUAUUUCUACAGUGGUGCUAUGCACCAACAUAGCAGGGGUGGUGGUACAAGCACUAGUGGCAAUAGUGUUGCUACAUUGCCUAAUUACAUGGCAGCAACUGAGUCUGCCAAAGCUCGGAUACGCUCUCAGAGUGCACCGCGACAAAGACCAUCGACACCAGACCGGGAACGGGGAGCUGGAUCAGCAAAGAAAAGGCUUUCAUUCCCAGCUCCUGAUCCUUACGGUGUGGCAAUGGGGUAUGGCAGUUAUGGACAUAGCUUGAGGAGCCCAAGCUUCAAGAGUGUGGCUGCAUCGCAUUUUGGAGUGGAGCAACAGUCUAACUAUUCUUCUUGUUGCACUGAGAGUCAUGGUGGUGAGGUUUCCCCUUCUUCAACUAGUGACCUUAGAAGGUGGUUGAGGUGAUUAAUGGCUGAAAUUGAUGGGGGAGUGUGAGCUGUAACUUUGUGACAAUGUUAGUCUGAUUUGAAUUGUGAUUAGGAUGUAGUUUUGACCAUUAAAUAAUGAUCUAGAGGCAAUUGGGAUGUAAUUUAGAGAGCAGUGUAGUGAGUAUUUGCAUAGAUAGUAGGAUGAAUCUGAUUGAAGUUUUUUUUUUCCUCCUCCUUUCUGAUGAUUGGCUUGUAGUUGAAGGUGUAAGUGUGUCAUUAUUAACAAACUCUGUAACUUUGGUGAUUAUUUUCUCACUCUCUUUGCACUGAAAUUA